AUGCGCUCCCUGUCCGCCCAGCACUCCCGUAUCGUCCGCCGAGUGACCCUCUCUCUCCGCGGCUUCACGCAGAAGCUGCACAAAAAGAGAAUUCACACAUGCCUGCAGCCCGCUAGCGUACCCUACAUUCCUCCAGAGGUGUGGGGGCUCAUCAUACACCACGCUUGUCUUCUCGACUAUGACCCGCUCGUUUCCAUCUCUCAGCUCUCCUUCCUCGACUCUGCUGCCUCUCAUCUCGCAUGUUAUCGCGCCGUGAUGCGCAUCAAAACCACUCUCUCACUCGUUUGCCAGAGCUGGCACCACUUUGCGCAACCAUACCUAUUCGAAUUUGUCUGGAUCUCCUCUGCCGCACAGGCCAAGGUGCUUGCUCGCACGCUGCUCAUCGAGUACAUAUCCUCCAGCGAUCACGGCACUAGCGGCAAGUACAUCCGUCGCCUUCAUAUUGAAACCCCCGCUCUCGAGCGCUGCGCUCCUGCCGACCUACGAACAAUCCUUGAAUACUCGCCCAACAUCUCUGUUUAUUCCGACUACCAUUCCGUGCAGCGUGGCGUAGGGGACGGCGCUGCCGACCCUCGCUGCAGCCCCGAGGCCAUCCUCCGCCUCGUCACCCACCCGAAAAUGCGCCGCCUCAGCUGGACAAGCUACGAUGACCUGCCGUUCGAACUCCGCAUGUCCCCCUUCCUUACGAAUGUCGCCACACGACUCGAGUACCUCGAGCUCUCCUCUCGCUCUUCUACCCUCCGCGGUCCAUCCCCCGACCACGUCGAGUUUCCCGCCAUGGCUGUGUGCCUCCCUUCUCUCCGUGCACUCAAAGUCUCCCUCGAUAACAACACCUUUGCCGUCCUCGCUUCGUGGGACAUGCCUGCGCUGACCAACCUCUCCGUCCUUUCUUCUGACUUCAGUUACACUGGCACCGGCUUCGCACAGUUCUUCCACGCACACGGUCUCAAGCUGCGCCAACUCGAGCUCGGCCAUUCUUCAUCGCUCGUCGAGGAAUAUUAUCUCACUACGCCACACCAUCUCCUACAGAUGCAGCAGAGUCAUACCCAGCCGCCACCCGUCCCCCUCGCCGAGUGGUGCCCCAAUCUCCGUGAGUUCAUCUGCUCCGCCGACGCCGAGUGGCACUGGCGGAGCCCCGACUGGAUCGCGCCGCACAUCCUCCUACCCGCGCACCCCCGCGUCGAAUUCAUUGGCAUCCGCGACAUCGAUACCCGCCUCCUCGAGGACCCCGCCGUCCCGCACGCUCCCGCCGACACGCCCUAUUUCCUGCUCCUUGAGCAGAUGUCUUCCAUUCUCUGCCACGACGCGUUCCCCAGCCUACGCUUCGUGCGCGACCUCAGCACGGAGAGCCAUCGCAUGCGCACCGUCCGGCCCUCGGAGCGCGUGCUCGGCUUCUGGUCGCGGGUCGUGCAGAAGUGCCACGAGCGCGCCGUGUGGCUGGAGGACUGCGAUGGCGUGAAUAUCACGCAACGCGCUCUGAAGCGCGCUGCGUUGGUGCGGGAUUGA